CAGAUUUUUCUAAAUAUUAUGUAUUAUUUAAGAAAAAAUGUUACAAUAAUUAAAAAUGAUUGAUGUGAUUUUGGAUGACCAAGAAAUAAAAUCAACUAUCAAUUUUAAAAAAUCAGAUUCUGAAGAUGAUUCAGAUACAAUGCAACUUUUUGAACUUCCAAAAAGAAAAGUAAUUAGACCACUCUCUUCAGCUACAAAAAGAAAACUGAAAGAACGUCAUUAUUAUUCAAAAACUAUACAUCAAUGUUUGAAGGUGAUUUGCAGUUGGGCGACGCCAUUUCUUAUCGCUUUGUUUAUUGUUUCAACUAGCUUAUGUUUAAUGUUUCUAUUGUCUGGUAUAACUAGCAUGAAGCAAGAACUAAAUUUGCUUCAAAUAAGACUGAAAAACGCUGACAAUAUCCAAUCAGAGAUUAACAUAAAAAAUGAGCAGUUGCGCAAGGAAUAUUCUGAUAAACUUUUUGUUGUUGACCAAUAUAAAAUUGCUUUUAAUGGUUUAGCUGAUAAGAUCAAUACUUUUACAUUCAAGAUUGAUGCUCUUAAUAACUCCAUUAUUCAAACACGUGCAAGCGUCUCUUCUCCAUUGUUAAACCAGGUGGCAUUAAUUAUAAAUGAUGUUGAUACAUUAAAAACAGGGAUGGCUGACACUGGAUCUAAAAUUGAGCAAUUAACUGCUACAAGUAAAGCAUUUGAUAAAAGUCUUGGAGAAUAUAGUAGUAUGCUAGAAAUGUUUAAAGCAGAAAUAUUUAAUUUAACUGUUUCUUUAAAUCAACUCAAAAGUUUGUCACAGAUUUUUCUUGGAGAAGAAAAAUCUGGAGAAGAAAAACCUGCAACGCACAAAGAACUCAAAAGUGCUCUUGAAGCACUAAGUCAAUACCAGAUAGAUCUGAUUCAAAAUAAUACAAAGUUCUUUAAGAAGGAAUUAGAAAUUCUCAAUAAAAGUUGUAUAGAUUUGGUAAAUGUUUUUACAAGUCAACAGGUUUCUCCAUCCAACAAUGAAGACUUUACAAAGCUAGAUAUAAGAAAAAAUGUAACAUUGGUAUCUAAAUUUUCGAAUCAAAAUAUUAACACUACGAAUUUGGAAAAUGUUACAGACAAGGCUAAUUUUCAAACAAUUGAUAAGUUUGGGCUGUUUUUGACGCAAAACAGUCUCAAAAACUUACUUUCACCAGAACGUGUAAACUUAUUGACUCACUCACAAAGUGAAAGCAAAGAAGAUGUAUCAAAUAAACAAAGUGAAGACGCAAUAGAUUUACAAAAAAUACAAAGAGAAAAUCUACCAAAUGCGUAUAGUAAAAAUUUAGAUUUACAAAAAUCACGUGAAGAUUCUCUAGAUUUACCGUUUACCUCAUUUUCAUUAUCUAAAGAUGAAAAGCCAGAAAAUCCAAAAAAUAGACAGCUAGUUAAUGAAGAACGUGCAUUAAAACUUUUAUCUGAAGUAGUUGAGGAACAUUCUAAGUUGGAAGAUGAUGAACACACAAAGUUGGUUAACACACCAUUUUGAUAAGCACCCGAAUUUGGAAGAUGUAAAUUAAGCUUUAGUGGCGAUAUUUUAUAAUUUUUUCCUAUUUUUUAGUAAAUAAUAAUUAAAAAAAUGUAUAUUUAAUAAUUUUUUGAUUUAUUUUUAAACUAUUUUUAAUUUAAAAAUGAUAUUAAUUUAUUUUUAAUUAUUUCAAAAAUUUUCGGUGGCAUAGUAAAGAUCUUAAAAAAAAAAUUUCAUUAUUUUUGUAAAUGUGACAAAAAAAUUAAAAUAAUUCUUUCCUGUGUUCACGUGACAGAAUUGAAGUCAAAACUAAAUAUUUUGAUUACUUGCAAUUCUGUUAAAAUUAAUAAUUUUUUUAGAUUUUUGAUUCAUUUAAGACAUUACAUAUUUUUAUUAUUUGGAGCACAUUUUUCGCAACCUUUAUUCGUUAAAUUUUUAAAACUGAAUUAAAUUUUUAAAACUGUCAAACAUUCGUUUACUUAUAACAGGUAUUUGAUUCUUUUAUGUUAUGAAUUUGUUUUGUACGGAAAGUUUAACUUUAAAGCAACUUGAACUCAUGUUUUGUAACUUGGAAAUUUUUUAAUUGUUUUUAUUUUGAUUGCAAAAAAUGAUUCUUAUUUUUGCAUUUAAAAAAAAUAUUGUUGCUUUGGUUUUAUUUUUAUUGCGGAUUUUAUUUGCAUUUAUUUUCGAUUGUAAAAUGUUAAUUUUUAUAGUUUUUUAACUCAUUUACUUUAUAAUGUAACUAUUAAUUAUAUAAUUUAUGAUUUAUUUUUUUUGCAGAAUAUUAAUUUCACUUGAGAAUAAAAGCAGAAUAUUAUUUUUGAAAUAAAACAAACAAAAUAAAAAAA